AAAAUAAAAACUAAAAAUGGAAUAAAUUGAUUUUGAGUUGGCGGUUCGUAAAAGUGACGCAGAGUAUAGGAAUAGGAAGACAAAACCAACACCAAAACCUCAAUCUAUUCGGGUCGGGAAUCCGGGUCGAUCAUGGAGACUUGGGAUCCGACGACGAAAUCCACACUGACACAGAUCCCUCUGCUGUCGGUGAAGGCUGGGCCGCGCGACGGCGCCGCCUGGACGCAGCGGCUGAAGGAGGAGUACAAGGCGCUGAUCGCCUACACCGCGAUGAACAAAUCCAAGGACAACGACUGGUUCAGGAUCUCCGCCGCCAACCCGGAAGGCACCCGCUGGACCGGCAAGUGCUGGUACAUCCACAAUCUGCUCAAAUACGAGUUCGAUUUGCAGUUUGAUAUACCCGUUACUUAUCCUGCCACCGCCCCUGAACUUGAGUUGCCCCAACUCGAUGGCAAGACCCAAAAGAUGUAUAGAGGAGGGAAGAUAUGCCUGACCGUCCAUUUCAAGCCGCUGUGGGCCAAAAAUUGUCCUAGGUUUGGCAUAGCACAUGCCCUUUGCUUGGGCCUUGCACCAUGGCUUGCUGCUGAGAUUCCUAUUCUCGUUGAUUCUGGAAUGAUCAAGCACAAAGACGAUACAGCGGUAUCCAGUGAAUCUUCCGAUGUAAAGGCUGUUUGAGUACUAACUUCAAUCUUAACGAAUUCUACAGUGUGGUAGGAACGCUGACAUUGAGCCUAAACUUUAUCAAAAUUAAAAUAUCCAAAUCUUCGAGAGUUUGGUCUUUGUCCGGGAUGUGAAACCUCUUGAAAUGGAUGUUUUUGACUUGUCUCCUUAUAGUUUGUUCCAUGCUGAGUUCGUUUUCUUCUUAGUUGGUGAAGCUACUUCCAGAUAUCAUAUCGGGUAUGUCGCGCUUGAACAAAUUGUACACAAAAUCUAAUAAUGUGCAGAACAUGUUUCUGAAUCUUGCAUCUAUACAAGUGAUAUUAACUAUUUCUGGUA